ACAAGUCCUCGGACGAGUGUCUUUCUUCCUCAAAUAUCUGCUUUUGCGGCGAGGGGAGGCUUGGGUUAUUCGAGCAUUGUCGUUCCAAUAUGUUUGUUUGCGGUGAAAAUGGAUGUCAAGUUCACUGAUGUUCCGUGAAUUGGAAGCCAAACGUCAGUUGUCACUUGUGUUGACGGCUAGUCUAAGUAGCUUGGAGCUAUCAUGUCUGCACGAAGGCAACGCUAGCUUCAAUUUGGGCUUUCCUAGUUAAUUUUUGAACGUCUUAAUGACUAGUUUGUUAACCGGGACAUAGUUGACGAGGUUUGGAACUGUUAGUUUGUAAACGCUUGUUCCGUUAAAAACAAAUUGGUGUGUUCGCUGAAUGCUCACGUUGCCCUUUAGGCAUAGUAAGGAUAUCUAGUAUUUUAUUUUCGUCACGCCUGUCGGUGGUAAUUAGAAUGUAAUUGUCAUUUGUUCAAAUUAAAAAAAAAAAAAAAAAAAAAAACGAGUGGGUUACUCAUAUUCUCCGAGUAGUACAAUAUUUUAAAGAAAAAAUAAAAACAGCUCUGGAUUUAAUUAUUCGUAGUUUAACCUUGAUGUAAUAUUACUAUGCAGUAAAUAUACAUCUCAGUAUUUUAAAGAAGUGGUUACAUAUCUACAUCAUAGCUAGCCCAAUAACACACAGUGCCUUGUCCUCAAAUAACCCCGAACAGGCGUUGUUGUGUGCUGUGGUUCAUUGCUUGAAGAUUUCAUAAUGUCCAUUAUUCCUCUCAGUGCUUUGCCCUCGUGCCAAAAGCGAUGGAAUGAUCGCAUCCUGAAAAUAUCUAAUAAGAGAGCCAAAGCCUGCAGCAUCAAUAGGCGGUAAGGUGCAGAAAUUCUGAGCUUCUCUCCUUUGGAGGAGAAUGCAACAAAUCAUGGCCCGGGCAGGCAGCUUAUUUACUGUAGUUGCUGUGCAGCUUCUGAUUGUGUGACAGGUUUAUAAAUUUAAUGGUAGAGGGGUGUUUUAAUUGAAAGUUCUUUUUAAAUGGACUCUUUCGGAGAAGAUUUGUAACCUAAUCUGUAGAUCAAUCUUAACUGCGUACUAGUUCAUCAUGGUACAGUAAGAUAAAAAGAAUUACAGUUUGGAAUAAUAUGGUUUGUCUUCUGUUGCUGUCGAACUAGCCUCUUCCUGCUGCUCUAUAUUUUUUUGGAGUGUUCUCUUUUUGUUACAACAGCAGCGUCACAUCCCAAUGUCAGUGGUCAUUAUAGCAUGACAGUGCAGCUUUUAAUGAGCCACCCACAGCCUUGUUUUCAUCCUGUUUGCCUACCUGAGAUACCGUUUCUCCUAGGAAUUGUAACCUUGGUACCUCACGAUACAAUACGUCAAUCAUUCUAGGAUAUUCUACUAAAAACUAAUAAACAGAAAAACAAGCUUCUGCUGUGAAUUGGAAUGAGUUUAUCACUAGUAGACGUCCAAUCCGUUUGAACUGGGAGGGUGGCAGCGAAUGAACUUUCGUUCAUUCGCUGCCAUCCCUCCCACUUCAAACGGAUUGAACGUCUAUGGCCGUCAGUGGCAACCAAUGCCAGGCAAUGAGUAAUUUUGGGCCAUUUAAGAUCAUUUACCUGUUGAUUUUCAGUUACUUCCUGCUGAUUUUGGGGUAUUUUAUGGGUCACUUGCUGUUUAUUUUGCGUGACAGAACAGGAAGUGACCUGGGAAUCACCCAAAUGAAUUGGCAGUGACUCAAACUCAACAGGAAAUGACCUGUAAAUGCCCUAAAAUGAAAAGCAAGUGACCUGUAAAUGCUCUGGUUUUGAAUGAACGAACGUUCCCAGUCUAAAUGGAUUGGGCGUCAAGCACCGUCAAUGGCAGCCUUUUUUUUUUUUUGUUUGUUUUUUUAAUAGACACGUUUUUAAAAUGAUAUCUCGGUUCUUGACAGGAGCAUAUCGAUAACCUUUUGGGAUACAAAUCGGUCCGAUAAUAGGAAUUAUAACGUCAUCCCAAUAAAUCCGAUAACAUAAUAUAUUAUCGGCCCUAUUAAUAAUAUUUUUGGCACGGUGUUGGUUUGGGAUUUGUGCGUUUGUUUUCACUCUUGUUUUUCCAGUAUGCAAAGUUUUGUUACUGUCUUUGUUUUGUUCAUUAUAAUAAUGUUCAUGUCAUCAUGAAAAUUCUGGUUUGGUCAAAGGCAAAUCCAAGCUGAAUCAACCACUAGUAUUUUUGACCUACAGGUGUUCAAAAACUCAGGCCCCAUGGAGGAGCUGCACAGCUUGGACCCCCGGAGACAGGAGCUUCUAGAGGCCAGGUUCACGGGGGCUGUCAGUGGCAACACAGGAGGCAGCACUGGCAGUAUGAGUGGAGGUACCAAGGGUCUCGCCAAUGAGUCUUCCAACCACAGCUACGGAAGUCUUGGCUCAUCCAGCGACAAGGAGUCUGAGAACUCUGAUAUGAAAAGAGGGAGCUCCCCUGCCUACUCAACCCCUGAGAAGAAGCAUUCCGAAUCAUCCAGGGGGAGGAAAAGGAAAGCUGACACCUAUUCAGAGAGCAGUCAAGGGAAAUCCACGACACGUGGUCCCAAGAUCAGCGACUAUUUCGAUUUCCAGGGUGGAAAUGGUUCCAGCCCAGUUAGAGGGCUGCCAUCAGCCCGGCGCUCUCCCCAGAGCUCACACUCAGCGCCUGGCUCAAUUGUCCGGCAGAACAGCUCCUCACCUACUAGUUUGUGUUUUGGGGAACACAAUCCGAAAUCCAGUAAAUUUGUCCAGACGGAAUUAACGGGACUGAAACUUGCUGCUCUUGAGAGCAACAAGAGUCUUGACCUAGAGAAGAAAGAGGGACGAAUCGAUGAUCUGCUCAGGGCUAACUGUGACCUGCGGAGGCAGAUCGAUGAACAGCAAAAACUCCUGGAGAAAUACAAGGAGAGGCUUAACAAGUGUAUCACAAUGAGCAAGAAACUUCUCAUUGAAAAGAGCACCCAGGAGAAGCAGUCCUGCCGUGAGAAGAGCAUGCAGGACCGCCUCCGUCUGGGCCACUUCACAACGGUGAGACACGGAGCAUCCUACACAGAGCAGUGGACUGAUGGAUAUGCGUUCCAAAACCUGAUCAAGCAACAAGAAGGCAUCAACCAACAGAGAGAAGAUAUAGAGCGACAGCGAAAGCUGCUUGCCAAGAGGAAGCCUCCAAAUCCAGCGUCGCCUUCCCUUUCUGUGGCCUCAACCUCUGAACCCAAACAGAGGAAAACCAAGGUGGUCAACGGCAACGAUUCAGACCCAUUCCUCAAGCCAUCUCUGCCCCAGCUGCUAACCCUGGCUGAGUACCAUGAGCAGGAAGAGAUAUUCAAGCUUCGCCUCGGUCACCUGAAGAAGGAGGAGGCAGAAAUUCAAGCGGAACUGGAACGUUUGGAGCGUGUGAGGAACCUCCAUAUCAGAGAGCUGAAGAGGAUAAACAAUGAGGACAGCUCAGCGUUUAAAGACCAUCCCACUCUGAACGAAAGGUACCUAUUGCUACACUUGCUUGGCAGGGGCGGUUUCAGUGAAGUCUACAAGGCUUUUGACUUGUUUGAGCAGCGCUAUGCAGCUGUCAAAAUCCACCAGCUCAACAAGAACUGGAGGGAGGAGAAAAAGGAGAACUAUCACAAGCAUGCCUGCAGAGAGUACCGGAUACACAAACAGCUAGACCAUCCCCGAAUAGUCAAACUGUAUGACUAUUUCUCCCUAGAUACUGACACGUUCUGUACUGUUCUGGAGUUCUGCGAAGGAAAUGACCUGGACUUCUACCUGAAGCAAAAUAAACUGAUGUCAGAGAAGGAGGCCCGAUCUAUCGUCAUGCAGAUUGUCAGCGCCCUGCGCUACCUCAAUGAAAUUAAACCCCCCAUUAUUCACUAUGAUCUCAAGCCUGGUAACAUAUUAUUAGUGGAUGGAACUGCGUGCGGCGAAAUCAAAAUCACUGACUUUGGCCUGUCAAAGAUCAUGGAUGAUGAUAAUUACGGUGUGGAUGGAAUGGACUUGACAUCCCAGGGAGCUGGCACUUACUGGUAUCUCCCUCCGGAGUGUUUUGUCGUGGGGAAGGAGCCACCAAAAAUUUCCAACAAGGUAGAUGUUUGGUCAGUGGGAGUUAUCUUCUUCCAGUGCCUCUACGGGCGUAAGCCAUUUGGUCACAACCAGUCUCAGCAGGAUAUCCUUCAGGAAAAUACCAUCCUCAAGGCCACUGAAGUCCAGUUCCCUGCUAAACCGCAGGCCAGCACGGAGGCCAAAGCAUUUAUCCGUCGCUGCCUGGCCUACCGCAAGGAGGACAGGUUCGACGUGCACCAGCUGUGCUCCGAUUCCUACCUUCUCCCUCACAUGAGACGCUCCAACUCCUCCAGCUCGCUACAGCCCACCACCCCCUCAUCGCUCGCCACCUACUGAUAGACUCUCAUUGGGAUUGACAGCACCAUUGGUUCAGUUCUGGGGCACAAUUGAUUGCAAUGGAACAACGUUUGUUUUUGGUUUUUAACCAGGGAUCUUCCAGAAUGGAUCAGUUAUAAACUGAAUUGAAGGGAAAUAUUAACAAGAAGCGGAUGAAAUCCUGGAUCGUCACGCUCUGGUUUUAACAAUGAAAGAGAGAAACUCAACUAAAAUAGGGCUGCCAAGAGGGGCAGAGAACCAAGAUGCCGCUUCGGUGGACUACGUUCAUUAAACAUUUGAACAGCAUAUUGACAUCCUGUCCAUGCUUGCCUAGCAACAUACUGAGUGUAACUUCAUCGGAAAGACUGACGCCUCUAAGGACGAUGACUUGGAGAGGUCCGUGAACAAAAGGACGAUGCAUCUCAUUGUUUAUUUCUGAGGAAUUGUUUUUAUAUCUAGUGUCGAUUCGCACCUCCCUUCCAGAUUGAGAUCGUCGCGUGCUGCAGGUUUUUUGAAGUUAAACAGCAGAGUUCCUCCGUCCAAAUAAUAGAACAUCACUAUCCAAAUCCAGCAGGAAUAACUAUAAUCCAGCAUUGGGUUAGAAACACACACAUUCAAACAGAGGCUUCCCCCUGCUUGCUGGUGUAUCCUACAGUGAUCCCUCGCUACUUCGCACUUAAAGCUUCGCACCCUCAGUCCAUCACGGAUAUUAAAAAAAAAACAAAAAAAAACCAUAUAUAUAUAGACAGACUACUAUACAGAUGAGAUGUCCCGAACCGAUCGCCUAGUCUCACUCUCCCUCCAUCCCACACUCUGGUGUUUGAUCGUCAGGCAGUGCACUGAAGUCGCUUAUUAAAGUUAACGAUGAUUGACAGAUGUUUGGGUUUGAGCUUGCCACAAACUUCAAAGCGCCGCAUGCGUCAAUCAUCGUUUAACUUGUUAAACAGUUGCUGUGGCAACCCAUUGAGUGCAAGUGAGCAGCUUGAGCGGAUUUGAGUGGACUCACUCAAUGAAGCAUUUAAUAAAGCCACCAUUUUUCUACUACUUCUUGUUUUAGAAUAAUUCGGUGGGACAACUUAUCAAUAUUAUUACAUUUGAAGUGCUUAAAAAACAUUUACUAAUAUAUAUAUAUGGCGGAAAACACUCAGGUGACUUGAAGUUCUGCUCUGAGACCCCCAAUUUGGUCAAUUUUCAAAAUUGUCCAAUAUGCAUGUUUUAUACAUCAUUGGAAAGCUUAAAAUCUCAAUUUUCUGGGGGAGCAAAAAUUUUUAACAGAAGGGCAUUCAAAAAAUAAUAAUUUUUAAACAGCGAAACCCUAUCUGGAGGUGAGAGCACGCGAUAGCAGAAUUAAAGACGCCAUGACUUUAAUGAGAUACUAUCGUGAACUUACUUUGUUUCGAUUGAAAAACUCUAUUAAUCAUGUAUCACUGAGUGUCAAGACACAGCUGUGAAUGGCCACAGCUGGAUUUGGGGGGGGAUUUUAUGGGUGAAACACGGUAAUAUAACAAGUGUCGCGAUGCAGAAAUCGCAGACAUCAAGGAGUGGUCGAGAUGUUCAUUUUCAAAUAUUUACCCUUUUAAAAAAAAAAUUUUCUCCAAUUUUUCUUCGUUUGGAUCGAUUAUUUAUCAUCUAACAUAUCGGAGAAAAUGCGACACUAACAAAAAAAAUACAAUUAAGCGAUAGUUAUUAGGUAGAUAUCCGUGACUUUUUUACAGACACCAUUUUUUUUCAUUGUGAUGUAAUUUGUUUAAAAGUUUAAAAUAUGUGAAUGAAAAAAAAAAAUUCAUGUCCUUUUUUGUUUAAACAAAAUAUUAGACAGCAAUUAAUGAUUCUUGGUUAAAAAUGGCAGACAUUUUGAAUAAGAAAUAUAAUUACUUCUUUUUAUGGCUGGGUUGAAACAAAAGCGGUUGCACGACGUCUGUAAACGGGGUUUUCCAGGGUAAAACGGACAAAUUAAAAAUGGUUCGGGGGCUUCAUGCGCCAUGAAUCUGCUAUGGCAGCAUAUAGACAUACUGUUCUAUCAAACACAACAGUUCUUUUGGCUUAAAAUACUCCAGUUUCUUUUAAAGAGGAGUGCAAGAAUAGAAACUGCUUUUUCAGUCUUGUCUGUUUUCCGCCAUAUAUAAUAUAUACACAUACACACAUAUAUGGCAGAAAAUACUCAGGUGACUGUUCCACUCUGAGAGCCCCAAUUUGGCCAAAUUCCAAAAUAGCACAAUGAUGCAUGUGUGAUACAUCAUUGGAAAGCUUAAAAUCUCAAUUUUCUGGGGGGAGAAAAAUUUUGAACAGGAGGGCAUUUUUAAGAAAAAAAAAAAAAGUAUAUAUAUUUUUAAACCCCGAAACCCUAACUCGAGGUGAGAGCAUGAGAGAGCAUAAUUAAAGACACCAUGAUUUCAACGAGCUAUUAUCACUUACUUACCUUGUGACAGUAACAAAAAAAAAAUACAAUUAAGCGAUAGUUGUGAGGUAGAUAUCGUGACCUAUUUUCAGACACAAUUUUUUUCCAUUGUUACGCAAUUUGUUCAAAAGUUUAAAAUAUGCGAGUGAAAAAUUUUAGUCUUUUUUUUUUUUUUCAACUAAAUAUUAGACAUCAAUUAAUUAUUCUGAGCUAAUAAUGAGACAUUUCAAAUAACAAAUAUACCGUAUUUCUUUUCAUGACUUGGUUGAAACAAAAGCGGUUGCGCGGGGUCUGUAAAUGGGGGUUUCCGGGGUAAAACAGACAAAUUAAAAACAGUUAAUGCGCCAUGAAACUGCUAUGGCAGCAUACAGACAUUGUUCUAUCAAAAACAGCAGUUCUUUUGGCUUAAAAUACAGCAGUUUAUUUUAAAGAAGGGUGCAAUAGCACAAACUGCUUUUUCAGCGUUAUUUGUGUUUUCUGCCAUAUACAUAUUUUUUUUUUUUCCCAAUUAUACUUUGGGGGGAAAAAAGUUAAAAAAAACAGGUCUUAUAUGUAUCUCUUUCCAAUGCUUAAUCUGAAUAAAUUCAUCACACACACACACACAAAAAUUUGGGGGCGGUUUUUCACUUAGCGCAGCAGAUUCUGGUCCCCAUUUAACCAUGAAAAACGAGGGAUCACUGUAUUUUGUUUUCUUUCAGGAAGCUCAUUGUUUUGCUGCUACAAUAGUUGCUCUUGGUUUAUAAUGUGUGAAUGGCUUUGGUUACAAUUCACUUUAAACUUGAAUCCUUCCCGCUCUAUUUUUCUGUGUGAGUUAUUGUUCUAUGGCCAUGUAAACAUCUGACAUGUUCAAGAAUCAGGGCAAAAUGCAAUCCGUUCAUGUAGGCAUGCCUCUGGAGGAGUAGAACAAUUUUAGAUUUUUUCCUAACUGACGCUCACGUGACGAGUCGAUGUUGAUUCAUAAAUGUCAUCAAUGUUUUCGUUUGGGUUUGUGUACAACUGUUUUCUCUUAGCCUUCAAAUACAAGAUGGCUUUCUCCAUAGACCUCCCUGCAACAAAUUGGUCAUCUCAUUCAAUCUGUGAAAUUUGUUUUCUUGGUCAUUUACACCCCUCUGCAGCAACAAAACAUGCAUCCCUCUUGUUCAUUUGGUAGCAUGACAUGCGUUUGCAUACAUUAUUUAAUGACAUUUAACAUGUUUAGACAAACGAAAAGAGCAGCCGUUAGUAAGCAACAUGUCGGACCAUAUUAAGAGGGUAGGGGUCAACGCUUGGUCAUGCCGUUCAAAUGCAAUAAAGAUUGCCUUCAAUGUCUGCA